AUGGCCCCAUCAACGAAGAAACAGAAGACCAGUGAUGCGCCUCCGACUCCGCCGCCUCCUCCACCACCCGCGCUUGUCUCCUUGCCCGCGCCCAUUAGCUUUGGACGAACCGCAGAUCAUUCCAGUCUAUCUAUUAUGGUCUUCGAUCAACAGUAUUUAUGCCAUUCGCAAUUUUUGAGGACUCAUUCUGAAUUCUUCCGGCGCAUUCUCUCAACCAAUAGAGGCGGGACCUUCGAUCGCAAAGAUCGCCUUAGUGUGAGAUAUUACUUCGUCACCAAGCUCACAUCUCCCCACACGUGGGAGCUUUGUUUGCGUCCCAUGGAGGGUGUUUUCGAUCUUUCCGCCUUCAAAGGCGAUAUCGUCCACGACCAAGAAGCCUUCCACAACGUUCUCAAAGCUCUAUACUACCAACCCUAUAUCAUCAAGAGCGUUGCACAACUAGAGACUAUGGUCGACAUAGCCCAACGCUUGAACCUCCUUCCUAUCCUGUCCCGCUCUUUCGACAGCGUUAUCUGGCGAAGCUACGCUUUUAUCGACGAAAUGCCCAAGCAUGGCCGCAAGCUUCUGAACCUGGCAUACAAAUUGCGAAACCAUCUUCUAUUCAGGGAUGCGCUUUGCCACGCUGCUGGUGCCUGGGGACCGGCUGCCGAUAACACAGUGUUGGAUAACCCUGAGUUGAUCCGAAUCGUCGACAAAGAACGUAUUCAAAUUUCCAUCAUGGUCAGCGAAGCUCAAUCGAAGGUAACGGAGAUCAUUGCCAACGAAGAAAGUACUGAAGAGAAGAGAGGUGUCAAUGAAGUCAAGCUGUGGAAGAUCACUAAGGGAGGAAGCUAUCCUGGAACGCCUUCUUGGGCUCGGCAGGUAUUUGAGACUGGUAUCUACGACUGCAGUGAGCUGCUUAGGAGCAAUCUGCUCACUGACAAUGGAUUCAAUAAGGCUGGAGUGGAUGAGUGUAAGGAUAGAUUCUUGUGUGCUUGGAUUGAUACCGCGGAUCUUCCUUGGGAUCUGACGCAAAUUGACUGGGUAUGA